AUGAAGUUUAGCAUUUUAGUGGCUGCUCUCUUCUGUCAGAUUCUGCUGGAAGCCAAUGGUUUUGACCAUGAUCACGCCUACAGGACCUGCGAAGGUAAAGUCUACUACGAUUGCUACGACUACUGCCGCAGGGGCUGCUCCGAAACCAUGGGCAGGUGUGUGCAUCUCUGCCUAAAGGGAUGCGGAUGUGUUGCGGGCUCAAUCAUACGCAACAACGGAGGCUGCAAGAGGGUGGUAAAGUGCACCAAUGAUGAUCAAGACUCGGCUUCGCUGGACUAUUCGGGGCAAUACGUGACAGAUUGGUGGGGAGAUAUACAGCCUAUGCUUGGAACUGCAUUAGAAAAAGCAGUUCCGUAUAUAUUGGAAGGUACUUCGAAUGAAGACCGGGCUAAGGAUACUCCUCCCGGGGAAUCGAUCGAGUGGAGUAGAGAUGUGGAGCCUUUUUUGCGACCUGCUCUCAAACAGCACCCGGGCUUGGAAGAAGCACUGGAAGAAGGACGCUAGAGAAGCACUUGAUGAAGAAAAUAAUCUGAUGAAAGCAAUAUAAUAAAAAUCUAUCGAAUUUUUAAAAUAUAUUUGUUGUCCAAAUAACAAAAGCAGCGGCAGUCAUCAGAAAAAAUCUAAAUUUUAAUAAUCUCUAGAACAAUUAAAAUAUGGAACUUAUUUUAAUUUUCAGUUCCUUUCAGAAUAAAAGGAAAAAAUUAUAAACUAAAAACAAUAAUUCCAAUUAAAAAUUACUUCUUAAAUGCAAAUUCAGAAAAUUUUAAUGUUUAAUAUUACAAUGCCCGAAAUUCAUAAUUUAUUCACAAUGAAUUGCAGACGGCUUAAUAAUUUUAACACUAAAAAGUAAACAAUAUAUUGUAUGUAUAUUAGAGCUUCAAUGAGUGUAUGUAAAUAUAUGGAAAACUAGUGAA